AUGAAGAUUGUUCAACUUUCCGAGGCCAAGCCUUUCCAAUUUUCGUAUUGCCAUGCGUCAAGCAACAGUGACUCCGAGUCAUUACCGUCCUCGUCCUCGUCGUCCUCCUCCUCUUUGGAGUGGAAGGAAGAUGAUACUUGCGUGCAACUUUGCAUUCCCAUGCCGGGAGUCAAGGCCCAGGACAUUCGCCUUGCCAUGACGCAAGACAGUGUGCUUCGAGUUUGGGGACAACGUUCCUCUUCCUUGAGCACAAGUAAAUCCAACAAGAGACAACGCUUGAACGUUCGCGAAAUCCCCAUUGAUACUCAAUUGGUGGACAUUGAACGAGCCAUUGCCAGUGUCUGGAAGGAUACUUUGGUGCUUUAUGCACCCAAGAAGCGUGACACUACCUUUAUGGUGUCAUUGAAGAAAUCAAGUCUCUUGGAAGAACUUGAAGAGUCUACCAGAAACAACAGCAACAGCAGCGAGGUUGCAUGCUAA